CACUGACAUCUUUAACUCCCAUACACUUGAGAAACAAUGUCUGCUGUCUACCUCCUCGUCGUCCUGCUGCUCCCUCUCGUGUCAGCACAGACUUAUCACUGGGGUCCUUGUCCGGCACCGAAAGUGCAGCCCAACUUCAACCUUCAACAAUAUCUAGGCAAAUGGUAUGAGAUUGAGAAACUCCCUGCAGCCUUUGAAAGAGGAAAGUGCAUUGAGGCAAACUACGCCAUAAGGAAAGAUGGCACCAUCCAGGUGCUGAACUCUCAGUUCUAUAAGGACAAGUUCAGGACAGCAGAGGGGACAGCAGUGGUUCAGGACCUGAGAGAACCUGCCAGACUUGGAGUCAGCUUCUCGUAUUUUACUCCCUACAGCCCAUACCUGGUUCUGACCACCGACUACACUACUUUGUCCGUGGUGUACUCCUGCACGGACAUCCUCCGCCUGUUCCAUGUCGAAUAUGCCUGGAUCCUCGGCCGCUCGCGCUUCCUGCCCCCAGAGACGGUGCGCUACGCCAAAAAUCUGCUGAUCAGUGAAGGGAUCGACCUGUUCAGGAUGAAGGCCACAGAUCAGAUGGGCUGCAAGGAUUACUAGGGACUGAUGGAGACUCUCAUUCACUGCACUGUAACCACUGUCCAGUAACCACACAGUGGAUGUGGCAGGGCUUGACACAAUAUUAGGGCUCUGCAGUGUAUCUUGAGCAUGUUAAUUGAUUUGUUGGAUGAUUGUUACAAGAGGAUUGAGUUUUUGGAGACAGACAAGGUGUUGUAUAUCUGCAUCUUAAUGUUGUGGUCUUAUUUUUGUUUUGUUUUAUUUUUUUUUUUGUUUGUUUUGUUUUUGCAUUUUUAGAGAUGUUAAAAAAAGAAACAAAUCUGUUAAUUUUGUAUUCAACCAGUAUUGCAAAUCUCAGUAUGGUUUGCUUGAUUUUUGCUUGAUGGUUUAUUUUUCCAGCAUCAUCCUCAUGUUGUACCUUCUCAGCAUAAUUCUGACAGAAGAGUAUUUCACAAAAACUUGUUCAAUCUGCAAUGUUUCACUUUUUAAAACAGAUUUUUGUCCAUUCUGUAUCAGCUGCUCAGACUGAUUUUAUAAAACCCACACCCACACCAAUGCCUAUUACUCAUUCCUUCAUGCAGUCCAUAAUGUAUUUCAUAUUGACUAAACAAUGAAAUAAGCAUCUUGGAAAAAAAAAACUUUGGAAAGGUAUAUAAUAAAGACAUAUUCAUUACCCA